CUGCGGUGCUCACCUACUUUUGCUUUUCUUAGGUGAAUCAGAGCAGACACAGCUAGCAAGCAUGAAAAGUCAUGUGAAAGUUCAUAUGUGGUGUUGCAGCCCAUUAGAUACCAGUGAAAUAACAAGUUUUCUUUUUUUCUCUGAAGAUUGUAUAUUAUGUACUGUGGGAGAAGGAGGAAGGAUACCUGACACUAAAAAGUUUACAGAGCAAAUCCACUGGGUUCAUAGACAACGUGAAAAGCUCUAGCCGAUAAUACAUUUUUACAUCAUACCUAUAAGAACAUUUAUUUGGAAUUUCACCAUGUGCAUUUUUUUUUUGAACAUUCAUUAAAUGGAACAAAGCAGCAGCGAGGUGUUGGCGGUUCCAGAUGGCAGCCAGAGAUGGAGCCAUUGACAGUUCUUUCCUGGGGUCAUGAGCUUGUUCUUCCCUUCACGUCUGUGUAGCUUGACCUCCUGGACUGCAGCCACACCCUCCCCUCACCUAUGCCUCCAGGACCAUGGGCAGCGUCAGCAGCCUCAUCGACAGCAACAGCCCUACUAGCAAACACUGCAAGGCAUCUGAGCAUAGGUCAAAAAGGGGAAUAAGUCCUCACAGAAAGAGUGGAGGUUGCAGCCUUGAUGAGUUACUGAAGUGUGGCUUCACUCUGGGCUCCUCGUCCGCCACUCAGCCCUCUAACGGCCUGUCACACUCCCGGUCAGGUCGAAGUGAAGAUUUCUUUUACAUCAAAGUGAGUCACAAACCGGGGUCAGUGUACCACAGAGGAGCAUCAAUGGAAGAGCAUGCAGGUGGAAAGAACAGAAAUGGGGAAUCAGAUGGGCGACUGCAGCCCAAACUACUGACUAACAGGACCUCUACUGAGAAGUCAUUGGUCCGUUCCACUGCCUUCAAGCCUGGGAUUCCCAGGAGUGCAUCCUCCACGGAGACAGGCCACAACAGCCUGGACAUCCUUUGUCCUCUGGAGAAAGCAAGGGGCCCCGAAAGCAGAUACAAGCAAGACAACUUCUCAGGGACUCUCUCUGACUCUGGACGUAACUCUAUGUCCAGCCUGCCCACCCACAGCACCAGCGGCAGCCUGAGUGCUUCCACGGGCCCUGUCAGUAGCAAUGAUGCCAGUUCAGUUCCCGCAAACAGCCUCAGCAAGGGAGUAAAACCCAAUUUCCCUCCGUGGGUCAACAGUAAUAGCACUAACCUUGACUGCAGCUACGGGGCUGGUUUAUGCUACGGAGGGUUAGCCUCGAACUCUAAUGGGGACGCUGGCUCCCCGCUUUCCGCAGAUGAGCCAAGCGCAUUUUCUGAAACUGCAGGUGGGAUUCGGUCCCCCAUUACUACAGAUGAGUCACUGAUUGAACGUUUGGAACAGAGGCUGCUGGAGAGCGAGACUGAACUGCAGGAGCUACAGGUGAGUUUUGAAGACAAGGAGGCAGGCACAUGCCAGCUGUUUGAGGAGAGACAAAGGUACUGUGCUGAGGAUAUGGAGAGGCUGAAGCUGCGAUGCUCCACAAAGCUACGGCAAGUCUCCCAAAUGGCUGCAAAAACACAGCAAGCACUCCAGCUGCAGGUCAGCCAGCUCCAGGUGGAGAAGGAGAAGCUUCAGGAUGAUAUCACCAAGCUCACCCAGCAGAAGGAUCUUAUUGAACUCAGACUCGGGUCUUACGUGACGGAGAGCACACAGUUCGCACCGACACUGGAGGAAACUCAGUGGGAGGUGUGCCAGAAAUCAGGGGAGAUUUCAUUAUUGAAGCAGCAACUGAGAGACUGCCAGGCAGACGUCAACCACAAGCUGAACGAGAUAGUCGGCCUCAAAGCGUCACUGAAGGAGAACGCAGCAAAAACGGAGAAACUCGAGAGACAAAGCAAAGAACACGAUGACGACCUGCGCUCUCGCACCAUUGAGGUGGAGGUGUGCCAAAAUGAACUUCAGCGCAAAAAAAAUGAAGCGGAUUUGCUGAGGGAGAAAGUGGAAAAACUGGAGGAAGACAUUCAGAGAAUGAAACAGGAAUUUGCGGUGGCGAAAGAGCAGAGGGUAGGGGUGCAGCAAAGUUCCCAACAAGAGGCCCAGAACCAGGCCUUGGAGGGACUAAUCCACGCCGCUGACAGUCCGGCCCGGGGCCACGGCGAGGAGAGCAGUGGACACAUUGCCACAGAAUCACUGCAGAGAGAAGUGGAGAGGCUGAAACAGCAGCUCGAGGAGGAGAAGGACACACAGGAGAGGCUGGCUAACAGCUUCAAGCAAGAGCGACUAAUGUGGAACAAGGAAAAAGACCGGGUCAUCAAGUACCAAAAGCAGCUCCAGAUCAACUACCUGCAGAUGCACAAGAAGAACCAGGAGCUGGAGAGGAUCCUGAAGGAGGUGACCGCUGAGCUGGAGAGCCGGACGGAGCUCGGUGUGGACAUCAACUACAGCUCACGGUUACAAACGUAUGACGACGUUAUUGCAACAGAGAUCUAACAGAAGCGCUGCAGUAAAAGUGAACUGGGCAUGUGACGAUUUUUUCACCAUCAAUAUUUAUGAUUUUUUUAACUGCUAGAGAUUAUUCAAGUACUGUUUUACAAGGGUUAUUUAAUUUUUUAUCUCAAAUAGCAUUACAAUGACACUGUUAGUAAAUACUAAGCUAUUUAAUGUUUAAUGACAAUUCAUUUUACGCUGUUGUCCAACUGGAUUUCCCAAAGUUCAAAUCCUCCACAGAUUUGUAGAUAAAACACCAUUUAUUAGUUUCUGAUCUAAAUCUAUUUCAUGAUUAAUCGCUGGUGGUGCCGCGUGAUAAGCAUGAUAGUGGCUUAACAUCUGUCCCUUCCAGCAUGUCAAAUGGCAGUGAUAUAUUGUGUGUCAUGUCCGGUGUACUGAACCGUGAUAGAUUUUGUCGUGUGUAUAUCCAUGUUACUGCUUCCUCCCACACAGUAACUAUUAUUCAUUAUUUAUUAGUCAUUUCAAAACGAUUUACAACUCUCAGGGUGUGAUUAUUUGUUAUGAUGAACCAAUGUAAAAUAGUUUUGCACUAAAAAAAAAAAAGAAUGUUAAAAUAAUGCAUUUCCAUUCAAUUACAUUCAAGAGUGACAGUCAGUGUGAGUUGUAGUUGUUAUAUUUUAUCAAAUCAUCAUUCUCUGAAUGAACUCGUACUCACUGUUACUGACUAAAGUUGUUCUGCAAAUCGGUGCCAAUGCAUUUGUCAUUUGAGGUGUUAGAUAAUAGAUAAAACUCAUCAAAAAUCAUCAUGAGGUGCCAUGAUAGAUACAAAAAUCAUCAUCAAAAUCAUGCCACUAAGCAGAACAAUAAUAUUCCAUGAUAAAUGCACGCUUCCUGGGACGAUGGUGUCAAACACUUAUCACGUAAUCUAACUACAUAAUGUAAUUUAAUCCAUUUACAGCGGAAAGAAGCAGUGGACGCUGUUUUUUCUGAGUGUGCAUGAAACCAGCACUUUGUAAAACAAACCUUAUGCCACAGACCGGUUCAUUCCUGAUACAGCAAUGCACAUAAUACAGUAUAUACUAUGCCAGAACACCUCUGACAGAUACCAAGGGCAAAUGCAAAUUUUGGGAUUCACUUUUUGUUCUGUGUGGGUUUAGUGAAAGAGAUUAAACCAUGCUAGGCAGAAUACAAUAACAAAAACAUUUCAAGAGAAAAACGAAGGAAAGAAGGGUUUUUUACCCAGUAUUCUCUCUCCCAAAAUUCAUCUAACUUUAUGAAAGUUAGCUGGCACUGUUCCACUUGAAGACAAACGGUCCUUUGUAGCAGCGACCCUGGACAUUUAGCUGUGCUACUUUGGAGCUAUUCCACUUCCCACAAGGGCAAAGCAGUUUGUGUGAAGCAAAAGUUUAACUUCUCCACCCACUCCAUACUCAGGCGCUCACAUAGACCAGGAGGCAGAAAUAUAUGCACACUAGAUGCUGGUCAGGAAUGUGUCUGUGUAACGAGGCUGCUUGAGAUCGCUCAGCUACCCACCAUUACAUCACAUUACUGCAGUAUGUGAGGAGAGAUUUGAAGGCAGACAGAAUAAAUGGAACUAUAAGGUGAGGCGCUGUAACCUGGAACACUUAAACCCAAAAGUCUGAUAGGUGUUACUCUGGUCCUGAGCACAGAGAAUUGGUCAAACAGGGAACAGCAAAGGACCGUUGAUUGUGCAACUAUGGUACUGGUGAAACAUUUUUGGAACUCAAUUGAUCAAAUCUUACACUCAGUGAAACAGACAGGGAUAUAACUGUAAAUAAGAUCCAACAAACGUGUCAAAUCAGCAUAUGACUGUGAAUUCUGUGCUUGUACUUCUCUAACUUGGCUGGUAUUCUAAUACUCUGUUUAUCUGAAUAGAUGUAUUUGAUUUUGAUCUUGAGGAAACUGCUUUAUAUAUAGAAGCUCUUUUUACCAGAAGGGAUACAAAUCGCAACACACAUGAAUCUGCAUCAUCCUUGCUAGCAUAUUUAAUGCACUUAAAAAUGGUACACAGGUAAAUAAGCCACACCACAAAAGACACUACUGCCGUAAUAAAUAUAGAGGUAUUGGAUUAUGAAAAUAUAUUUUUGUCAAACUACUCUUUCUUUGCAAAACUUCACAAGCAAAUGGUGGAUGUAAAAAUAAAGAAUUCUGUUGAUAUACAUGUAUGUCUGUCUUUAACUGCACUCCCUCAUUAUCAUUCUGCAUUCCUCUUGAACUUAAAUAAUGAAAAGAUUAUUUUCCUACUCGGGGUAAUCAUUUAAUUUUGGCCUUUAUAGUGUUUCCUUUCUCAUUCAGCAGCUCUUUCCAGCUCAUCUGAGUAGAUUGGACCAAAUCAAAACUGAAAUCAAAUUAAAACCGAUUGUCAAUAUGCCUGGCUGCAUCACUGUCAUGAAUGGAGGACCACAUAGAAAAGAUAACAAGAAAUUCAAAGUUAUUGGUUCGAAAUGAAAGAAAACAACAGAGCUGACUGAUGAAGGGAUUCCUUACUCAAAGUAACAAUAAACGAAACAUCACAGAAUC